UACAUAUUCAAUUAAAAAGAGGUUAAAGUCCAAUAUCAUUUAGUUUUUACAAGUUUAAACUUAAAAAUUCUAUUAUAUAAAAUAGAAUUUAUUGUAUUAAUAAACCUUCGUUUGCUUAAUAGUAGUCUUUAAGAGGAAAGGAGCAAUUAUGGCGUCUCAAGUAGCGAAAUCCUUCAUAAAGGCUCAUUCUACAACCGCUAAGUUUGAUACAGCACGAAGAGCUCUCAGUGUGGGUGCAGCUCUCCAACAGAAGAAGACCUUGCCGGACCGCACCGGCAAGAACAUAGUGCUUGUUGAUGGAGUCAGAACACCUUUCCUUGUAUCUUUCACCGACUACUCCAGGAUGAUGCCUCACGAAUUGGCGAGACAUGCUUUGCUGGGUCUCCUACAGAAGACUGGUAUAUCAAAGGAUCUUAUUGACUACAUAGUCUAUGGGACUGUCAUCCAAGAAGUGAAAACAUCGAAUAUCGGACGCGAGGCAGCCCUAGCGGCCGGUUUCAGUGACAAGACACCAGCACACACCGUCACCAUGGCCUGCAUCUCAUCCAACCAAGCCAUCACAACUGGCAUCGGCAUGAUAGCGGCAGGUGUAUACGACAUAAUAGUGGCUGGAGGAGUGGAGUUCAUGUCAGAUGUGCCCAUCAGGCACUCGCGCAAGAUGAGGUCGCUGUUGUUGCGAGUCAACCGCGCCAAGACGCCCGCACAGCGUCUCUCCUUACUGGCUUCUAUCAGGCCUGAUUUCUUUUCUCCUGAACUGCCAGCAGUAGCGGAGUUCUCAUCCGGGGAGACGAUGGGUCACAGUGCUGACCGCCUCGCAGCCGCCUUCGGUGCUUCCAGAAAGGAACAAGACGAAUAUUCCCUACGUUCUCACACCCUCGCCGCGCAGGCCCAGCAGAAAGGCUACUUCACAGACCUGAUACCGGUCAAGGUGGACGGCAAGGAUGGACUGGUCGAAAAGGACAACGGUAUACGUGUAUCUACGCCCGAACAACUCGCUAAACUGAAGCCCGCCUUUGUGAAGCCACAUGGCACAGUCACAGCUGCUAAUGCUUCUUUCUUGACCGACGGCGCAUCGGCUUGCUUGCUGAUGCCCGAGGCCAAGGCCAAGGAGCUCGGCCUUAAACCCAAGGCUUACCUCAGGGACUUCACGUACGUCGCCCAGGACCCUGUGGACCAACUGUUGCUUGGCCCCACAUACGGCAUCCCCAAGAUCCUGGACAAAGCUGGUCUGAAGAUCAACGACAUCGACACCUGGGAGAUCCAUGAAGCUUUCGCUGGACAAAUCCUGGCUAAUUUGAAAGCAAUGGACUCUGAUUGGUUCGCGCAGACUUAUCUUGGUCGUCAAUCGAAGGUGGGAGCCCCCGACCUGAACAAAUGGAAUCUGUGGGGCGGCUCGCUCUCUAUUGGCCAUCCGUUUGCUGCCACUGGGGUUCGCCUGGCUCUACACACCGCCAACCGUCUGGUUCGCGAGGACGGCCAAGUCGGCGUGAUAUCCGCAUGUGCAGCCGGCGGACAAGGCGUCGCCAUGCUGCUCGAGAGACACCCAGACGCCACACCCAACUAAAUCUACAAUCAUAACAUUUAGAAGCCAAUCUCCUGUCUACCAACCCUAAAAAUCGAAUAUUCCUUUCUUAAAUUCUUUUUCUAAAUAGUAAAUUGGCGCGAAUAACAACUUUUAUACGACAGUUGUAAAAUCUUAAAAAGGCCAUGUAUAACAUUGGACGUAGAAACAUUCUAGUAAAGGCAGAUACACAUUAUUAGCGUUUCUAAUCGUAUUCUAUUACAUAAAUAUUUAUUCUAUUUCUGCCUGAUUAUUUGAGUUACUAAUAUUAUUUAUUUUGUCAUGUUUAGAUAUAGUUUAUCAUCUAUGUAGUCAUUUUUAUUUCAUGUUGAGUAUGACAAUAAGAGUACGUAAAAUUUCAUAACUUUUUGACCUUGCGUUUGAUAGUUGUUUGUUACACAAAUAAUUCUAAAAUUUAAUAAAUUUCUAUAAAAAAUUGUGGAUCAUUUGGGCUCUUCUCGUGCUCUCGUAUAUUGUUAUUACAUAAAUUAGUAUCUCUAAUGUAUUAGAAGUCUAAAUGUAUUAGAGAAAUUAGUAUAUGGAUCAUUAAAUUGUAUACAAAGAUCUGCUAUCAUCAAAACAAAUCACGUUUAAUUAAUAUAGAGAUGAAAAGUGUUCUAUCCGAGUCGAGAAAAUACAUUUCCCCAACGUAAAAUUGUAAAAAAAUUAGACAAAGUUGGUGCUAACUACUGUUUUUUAUAAAAUUUGUAUACUCUUAACAUUUUAGAUACUGGCGUAAUAUAUUCAUGUUGCACAUAAUUCAAUUAUUGAAUUUUAUCAAGGUUUUUAUUUAGUCUCAAUAUAAUUUCUUUUUUAGUUAAUGUAGCGACUAAAGUGUAAGGACAAUAUUUCGAAUCAGUUUGUGUAGUAAGUAAUACUUCGAAAUAAUGUUAAAUGCUAAGCGUAUUAUUGCUCGUUUUGUAAUGGUUCUGUUUACAAAUAUAAAAUAUAUUAUUUAA